AUGUUCAAAAUAAUUUUAAGAAGUUCCCACAAAUCAAUCAAAUUAAUACGUCACAAUUCAUCAACUCCAUCUACAUCCAUAACUGCAUCUUUAUCAAAAGCUUCAAUAGCUAGACCAGAAGCAUCACAAUUAAAUGAAAAAGAUUUAAAAAAUAAUGAAUUUGCACAACAAGCUCCAAAUAGAGACGUAACAUGGUCACAAAGUCAAGAACCAAGAAUAGAAGUUAUAUCAAAAUUCCCAUAUAGAUUCACUCAAAGAGAUUUAGCACAACAACCAAGACCAUAUGCAGCUAUUGAUUUAAUUGCAAAAGAACCAAUAAAAUAUUUAAGUUAUGAAGAAGGAAAUAUUGCUGUUUGUGAUGGAAAUAGAGGAGAUACUUUACAAGGUCAUCCAAAAGUAUUUAUUAAUUUGGAUCAACCAAAAGCAUCAACUUGUGGAUAUUGUGGUUUAAGAUAUGCAAAAGAAGAAUUUAAGGAAAUAAUUGAAGCUGGUGAAGCAAAAUAA